GUUCAUAGUACACGCUCGGUAUUAAUUCGGGUAGGUAUGUACACAGGGGGUUCCGUCCAGGUCCAUUUGUGCGCAAAGAUAGAUUGAUGUAUGUACUGCACUGCGUUGAUAAUAUUCCCGUUCCUCAAACUAAUACUAUCCGUACACCUGACCCAUCUGCCUGUCAGAGUUAGCGUGCACAUGUGCCGCAGCAAAGAAUGGAUAUCCUGUGGUGGUUGUGAUCUUACCGGCAAGGACGAUUUGGUUUCUUACACCCCUGAGCCCUUGACAAUCUUUCCUUGGGGAAGCAACCGAAAUGUGCUUAUUGCCUUGGCCCGAGGGAGUCCGUGCUUGUCACGGGUGGUGGAGGGGAUUUUUGCGGCUGUUGGCCAGCCUGGACUCUUUCAAGCCACAGUUAAUGCAUUUAGGUUAGGUAGGUAGGGGUACCUUACCUUGGAAGAUGGGUAGGUAAGGUAGCUCGGUAGCUAGCCGGGCACCUCCCUGCGCAAGAAGCACAUACCUACUGCGCAGUAUGUAUGCAUGCAUUCUUCUUUUACCAUCAAGCAUCUCAUCCUGACUUGUGGUGUAAUUCGUAAUCAUGUUUUUCGCGUAGGGCCCGAAGCACUAGCGUCCUAUAUG